CCUGCUGGAGGAGUUCCUGGAGACUGUUCCGGAGCACAUCCAAUUGCUACCGCCACGAGGCCCCAGCCAGCCAGCCACAAUGUACUGCCUUCAGUGGUUGCUACCUGUCCUGCUCAUACCCAAACCCCUCAACCCAGCGCUGUGGUUCAGUCACUCAAUGUUCAUGGGCUUCUACCUGCUCAGUUUCCUCCUGGAACGGAAACCUUGCACGAUUUGUGCCUUGGUCUUCCUGGCAGCUCUAUUCCUCAUCUGCUACAGCUGCUGGGGGAACUGCUUCUUGUAUCACUGCACAGGAUCCCAGUUGCCGGAAUCAGCUCACGAUCCCAGCAUAGUGGGCACCUAAAAAACAAUAAUCUUCCAGUCUGCUGAGGGCUCUUGUUUUGCUUUUAAAAAAGGGGGUGGGCUAGGGAGGAGGGAGGGGGUGUUAGGCAUGUGGCUGGAGUAAAAACAGCCUGUUUCCUGUAACUGUGUGUGGACUAGAAUGGUGAAUUCCUCCCACUCUGCCUGUGAAAUUUGACUUGUUUACUGUGUGAACUCUGGCAGCACCACCUGCUUUUUUAGAAGCAGAAAUUCUUUUUUUUUCCUCCUUCCCAUAUCACCGGGAUCAGACACCAGCCCUCCUAACUGAGAACUGGCAGAGGACCAAGCUGCUGGCCUCUGCCCAGCUAUUGUGCGGUGGUGGAGUCGUGUGUCACUCACUCAUCUGCAUUAGGCCACAGUGG